CACAGAGAUCACCGCUUCAUGCCGGUUAAAGAAGCUGUCGAAACCUACAAGGAUCAGGUGAAAUCUUCCAUCCAGUCUCUCACAAAAAAGGAAUCAGGGAUUCAGCGAAUGGAGCAGCAACAGAAACAGAAGAUUUCUGGAGUUCUGGAACAGUCACACAACCUUCAGUCCAAGAUCACAUCCCGAUAUGCUGAACUGCACCAGAUUCUCACUGAGAAAGAGCAGCGCACACUGGCAGAUAUCCGGGAGGAAGAGAAGAAAAUGCUAAAUACAAUGGAGAAAAAUCUUGAAGAGAUUCAAGGGCAUUUAAAUUCCAUUGGAGAGGAACUCUUAAAGUUGCAACAACAGAUGGAUCAAAAAGACAGUCUGGUGUUUCUGAAGGAGGAAGCUGGUGGGAAGAGGAGGGUUAGUGAUGAAGAUAAAGCACUCUCAGUGACAGACGGUGCCUUGCAGAUUGAAAAAUUCGAUCAUCACUUUUUGAUGAACGCGAUGUGGGGAGAAACAUCUGCCAUUAAGCGAGGUAAAACCUGUCCAGUUUCCUCUCUUCUUGUUUAUAACGCCUUUUAAUAACACAGAUGCAAGCAUUGCCAAUAGACAUUGUAUUCGCCUCUAACACCUAGAUAACGAGACAUUAUUGCACGCAGAGACUGGAAAAACCUUAGGAAUUCCGUGCACCGGUGGGUGGUGGUGACUCAGUCAUUCUGUGCUCUUGGAGCCGAGAGCCAUGAUUGUAUAUUACAGAGUCAGGCCCUUCGGCCCUUCACAUCCAUGUCUACAUAUUU